UGCGAUUCUUAGUUUUUUUUUUUCAUUCUUUCAUUUUUCUUUGAAGCUAAACAAGGGUUUUCUAAAUCUUCUAAGUGAUGUUGUCAAUCGGAGAAGGUAAUGUGAUGACUUCGGACAACAUGAGAUUUGCUUCGCAGCAGCCGUCUUCUUCUUCUUCUCCUGGAACAAUCCAAAACCCUAAUUUUAAUUUCAUCCCUUUCAACUCAUUUUCAUCCAUCAUCCCGAAGGAGGAGCAUGGCAUGAUGAGUAUGAUGAUGAUGAUGGGAGAUGGAACAGUAGAGGAAAUGAUGGAAAACGGGUCGGCAGGUGGGUCAUUCGGGUCGGGUAGUGAGCAAGCAGAGGAUCCAAAGUUCGGAAACGAUUCUGAUGUUAAUGAACUUCAAGACGAUGAACAACCUCCUCCGGCUAAGAAGAAACGUUAUCACAGACACACUAAUCGUCAGAUCCAAGAAAUGGAAGCGUUGUUUAAAGAAAAUCCUCAUCCAGACGACAAACAAAGAAAGAGAUUAAGUGCUGAACUUGGUCUCAAGCCACGACAAGUUAAGUUUUGGUUCCAAAAUAGGCGUACCCAAAUGAAGGCACAACAAGACAGAACAGAGAAUGCGAUGUUAAGGGCAGAGAAUGCUAACCUUAAGUCGGAGAAUUGCCAUCUUCAGGGGGAGCUACGGUGCCUCUCAUGUCCUUCUUGCGGCGGCCCCACCGUCCUAGGUGACAUUCCUUUCAAUGAACUCCACAUUGAGAAUUGUCGCCUCCGUGAAGAGCUUGAUCGUAUAUGCUGCAUCACUUCAAGAUACACUGGCCGUCCGAUGCAGUCCAUGCCAUCAUCUCAGCCGUUGAUCGAUCCUUCUUCUACGCUUCCUCAUCAACCUUCAUUGGAGCUAGACAUGAGCGUAUACGCUGGGAACUUUCCAGAACAUUCUUGUGCUGACAUGAUGAUGCUCCCUCCACAAGAUACAACUUGUUUCUUCCCAGAUCAAACUGUCAACAACAACAACAAUAACAUGUUACUUGCGGAGGAAGAAAAGGUUAUCGCUAUGGAAAUAGCUGUCUCUUGUGUCCAAGAACUGACUAAAAUGUGUGAAACGGAAGAGCCUUUGUGGAUUAAGAAGAAAUCAGACAAGAUCAGCGGCGAGAUUUUGUGUCUGAACGAGGAAGAGUACAUGAGGUUGUUCCCAUGGCCAGUGGAGAAUCAUAACAACAAAGCAGAUUUUGCUCGAGAAGCUUCAAAGGCAAAUUCAGUCGUUAUCAUGAACAGCAUAACGCUAGUUGACGCAUUUCUAAACGCUGAUAAAUGGUCAGAGAUGUUCUGUUCAAUCGUGGCUAGGGCCAAAACGGUUCAGAUAAUUUCCUCUGGAGUCUCUGGAGCUAGUGGUUCUCUUCUAUUGAUGUAUGCAGAGUUUCAGGUACUAUCACCACUGGUUCCAACUCGAGAAGCUUAUUUCCUACGGUAUGUGGAACAAAACGCGGAGAACGGGAAUUGGGCAAUCGUAGAUUUCCCGAUCGAUAGUUUCCAUGACCAAAUGCAGCCACCGAGUACUAAUUCUCCUCAUGAGUAUAAGAGGAAACCUUCAGGCUGCCUCAUUCAAGACAUGCCUAAUGGAUACUCACAAGUCAAGUGGGUAGAGCAUGUGGAAGUAGACGAGAAGCACGUGCACGAGACCUUUGCUGAGUAUGUGAAAAGUGGGAUGGCCUUUGGAGCUAACCGUUGGCUAGACGUGUUGCAGAGACAGUGCGAGAGGAUCGCUAGUCUAAUGGCUAGAAACAUAACUGAUCUUGGAGUGAUAUCAUCAGCAGAAGCGAGGAGAAACAUGAUGAGAGUUUCAGGUACUAUCACCACUGGUUCCAACUCGAGAAGCUUAUUUCCUACGGUAUGUGGAACAAAACGCGGAAAACGGGAAUUGGGCAANUUUAUCCGUGAUCAACAUCACCAGUCUCUGCUAGAGGUUUUGUUCAAUGGGAACUCACCUCAUGAAGUUGCUCAUAUCGCUAAUGGUUCACAUCCUGGAAACUGCAUCUCUCUUCUUCGAAUAAAUGUAGCGAGCAAUUCAUGGCACAAUGUGGAGCUGAUGCUUCAAGAGAGCUCUAUCGAUAACUCAGGUAGCUUAAUCGUCUACUCCACCGUCGACGUUGACUCAAUCCAGCUCGCGAUGAACGGAGAAGACUCUUCCAAUAUCCCGAUUCUACCCCUCGGGUUCUCCAUCGUACCAGUGAAUCCUCCGGAGGGUAUUUCCGUCAACUCGAAUUCUCCUCCGUCGUGUCUUCUCACCGUCGCGAUUCAGGUCUUGGCGAGCAACGUCCCAACGGCGAAACCGAAUCUCUCAACCGUCACCACCAUCAAUAAUCAUCUCUGCGCCACCGUUAAUCAGAUCACCUCCGCCCUGACCAGCUCCGUUACGCCGGCGAUCGCAUCUUCCGCCGCCGUGUCCAAACAAGAAGCCAGCUGAUUGACCGAAUUACCCCUAAACCUCCUUGCUUUUUUUCAAUCUCAGCGCAGUACCAAGUUAGGGGCAAAUUGGGUAAAAGAGGGAGGUUAAUAGGUAAUUCGGUUAUGGCUUCGAGGGUAGUUUGGGUAAAAAACGUAGCGUCUAAAUGGGAUAAGCCUUUUAGGUUAUUUUCGGUUUAUGUGUAAGGGUAAGAUGAGAAACUAAGUUUAUGUUUUUGGCUGUUUUCGUGGGUGGGGGGAGGGCCAAAACGGUAAUUAGAGGAAGUCAAGAGCGCACCAGGUUGGGUAAGUUGACCUUUUUGUUUUCUGAACAAGAUUAUCGGUCUAACUGGUUUUCGGUUUAACAGAAAAGUGUAGCUGGUUCGGGUAUUGACUUUCAACUUGGUUUGGUUUGACUCCUUUCAAAUGUUUUUGGCUUAUUUUGCAAUUAGUUACCUUCUUCUUUUAUUAUAAUACUUUGGCUUUUCGUAUUGAAUGCUUUGGUCUUUUCAAUGAUUUUCUUUUAUACAAGUA